ACUACUGGAACGACUUGGUGACGUGAGGAGCGUUCCAUUCUGCCAGCGGUGGGCGGUCGCCACAGCUGUUUUAGGGCCCCGACUGUAGGGGUCCCUUGUCAGGAGGAGGUAGCCUCCGGGCUGGGGAGGAGACGUCGCUGCCACCUCGGGCGGCCGACGCGGUCCCCUAGGACAGUUCACUUCCUGCCCUCAGUGCCCCGCGGAGUUCGGGCUCCCGGGUUCAGGGCUAAAAAUUGGACUUUUGAUGAUGCUUGACCCAGUGGAAGCAAUAGCAGGCAACGUGAUUUCAAAGCUGGGCUCAGCUUCUGUUUCUUCCCUCUUGUAAUCACAAAGCCCAUUUGGACCCGGAAUUCCAAUCAUGUCUGUGAUCGUGGUGAGAAAGAAGGUGACACGGAAAUGGGAGAAACUCCCAGGCAGGAAUACCUUCUGCUGCGAUGGCCGCGUCAUGAUGGCCCGGCAAAAGGGCAUCUUCUACUUGACCCUCUUCCUCAUCCUGGGGACAUGUACACUCUUCUUCGCCUUCGAAUGUCGCUACCUGGCUGUCCAGCUGUCUCCUGCCAUCCCUGUGUUUGCUGCCAUGCUCUUCCUUUUCUCCAUGGCUACACUGUUGAGGACCAGCUUUAGUGACCCUGGAGUGAUCCCUCGUGCCCUACCAGAUGAAGCAGCUUUCAUAGAAAUGGAGAUAGAAGCUACCAAUGGUACCGUGCCUCAGGGCCAGCGACCACCCCCUCGUAUCAAGAAUUUCCAGAUAAACAACCAGAUUGUGAAGCUGAAAUACUGUUAUACAUGCAAGAUCUUCCGACCUCCCCGCGCCUCCCACUGCAGCAUCUGUGACAACUGUGUGGAGCGCUUCGACCAUCACUGCCCCUGGGUGGGGAAUUGUGUUGGAAAGAGGAACUACCGCUACUUCUACCUCUUCAUCCUUUCUCUCUCCCUCCUCACCAUCUAUGUCUUCGCCUUCAACAUCGUCUAUGUGGCCCUCAAAUCUUUGAAAAUUGGCUUCCUAGAGACGUUGAAAGAAACUCCUGGAACUGUUCUAGAAGUACUCAUUUGCUUCUUCACUCUCUGGUCCGUCGUGGGACUGACUGGAUUUCACACUUUCCUCGUGGCUCUCAACCAGACAACCAAUGAAGACAUCAAAGGCUCAUGGACAGGGAAGAAUCGUGUCCAGAAUCCCUACAGCCAUGGCAACAUUGUGAAGAACUGCUGUGAAGUGCUUUGUGGCCCCUUGCCUCCCAGUGUCCUGGAUCGAAGGGGUAUUUUGCCACUGGAGGAAAGUGGAAGUCGACCUCCCAGUACUCAAGAGACCAGUAGCAGCCUCUUGCCACAGAGCCCAGCCCUAACAGAACAUCUGAGCACAAACAAGAUGCCAGAGGAUACCAGCACUCCUGCAAAGAUGCCACCCCCGGAACCCCCAGAGCCACCACAGGAGGUGGCUGAAGCUGACAAGUAGCCCAUCUAUGGAAGAGACUUUUGUUUGUGUUUAAUUAGGGCUAUAAGAGAUUUAAGGGGAGAAGAGAAACCUGAGACAGAGAGCAAGUAAGCUGUCCACUCUACUGGUUUUUCUUUGGUCUUUGUUCACCCAAUUGCACAUUGGCAUUUUCUUGCUGCAAGUUUUUUUUUUUUUUUUUCUUCCUGGACUCAAGGCAGUCACAGAAGAUGUCAGUGACCUCUGAUAACUAGAACUAUGGGUUUCUUGGGCCCUGGCACUGGUUUUUUACGGCCUCAGCCAUGGAGUCUCCUUGGACUCCCCUCUCUUCUCUCCAGAUCCCAGCUCUUCUGCUUGGGGUGAUUGGUCCAAUUCUGGGGUUAAAGUUUCUUGAGAUUGGCUCAAAUCCUCUCCAGCUGCUGCAUGGCAUUAGUCCAGAGGCAGUCACAGAGACCUCUGGCCAGGGAAUCCUAUCUGGAUUCUUGGGGCCUUCUGAAUUGAAGAGAAUGGAGAAUGGGGUUGGAGGAUUGUCCUGGCUACAAAGUGCCAACAUUGCCAGCAAAUCCUUUUAGGAAUGGGGCAGGUAGCUUCCACUUGUUGUAUUUAUUCAUGUAGCUUCUCCUUUGUCCCCCAUCCACUAUCUAACCCCCAAGCCCCACUCUUUUCCAAUUAGAUAUAUGUAAGUAGUUGUAGUAUAGAUAAUAAUUUACAUUUCUCAUAGACUACCGAGAAACUUUUUAAUAUCUAUGCCAUUCUCAAUAAGAAUUUAUGAGAUACCAACGUCACGGUCCCUUGCACUCUGUCUCAUCUCUACUCCUUUCUCAUUAGCCCCUUUUAAUUUGUUUUCUUCUGACUCUUGCUCCCAUUAAGAGCAGGAAUAGCAGUAAUAAAAGUCUGCACUUUGGUGGUUCCUUUUCCUCAGAGGAAGCCUGAGUGCUCACUUAAACACUACCCCCUCAGACUCCUUGUGUGAGGCCUACAAAGGCCUUGAAUGCACAAAUGGGGAAACCAAGGCACAGAGAGGCUCUCCUCUCCUCUCCCCCUAUGUCCCCUCAAAAAAGAAAAAAGAAACAAAAAACGACCACUAGUACUUCCAUUAGGCCUCAGCUGAGUGAGGAGGGAAGCCCAGUACUGCCGCCCUCCCAGGUAACCCACUCCAAGGCCUUGGCCCACCUUGGGCUUGGUAACCACACCAGGGGGCUUCCUCCAAGCCUCACUCUUCCAGCACUUCCACCGGCAAAGUCCCAGAGUCACUUCACCCUGUGGGUGGGCUGUGUCCCUCAGUCAACUCUGCUCAGGACCUGCUCUAUUUCAGGGAAGAAGAUUUAUGUAUUAUAUGUGGCUAUAUUUCCUAGAGCACCUGUGUUUUUCUCUUUCUAAGCCAGGGUCCUGUCUGGAUGACUUAAUGGGGAGGGGGGAAGUGUAAACCAGAACUUUUAAUCUAUUUGAAGGUGAUUAAACUGUGUCUAAUGCAAAUUGCCUGCCUCCUCCUUCCCCCUUCCAUUUCAAGGAUCACCAUGUGGGUGUGAGUGUCUGUGUGGGGAUGUGUGGCGUUGGGGUUGGGGUUGAAUGUGUUGCUUGUUACUACCCAUAGUUCCAUUUUCCAGGGGACACUUGGGUUGGAGAGAUAGCUCCUAAACUCUCCACUGAUCUCUACUACAUUCUAGGCUGAAGUUUACCUUAUUCUGGACUAUGAAGCAAGGGCUUUCAAGGCAAUAUACAGUGUCAGCAAGAUGAGGAGGGUUGGGG